GCUGCUGCUGGGUGCUCGCUGGUCGCUUUGCUCUGAUCUGUCCAUCAGAGAGACGCCUUUUCGCCACAGGAUGAAAACUGUGACUUUAGAGGCUUGUUUGAAUCUGGAGGUUUCUGUGAGUCUACACGCCUGACUGAAGUAGCGGGGACAGUGAGCGUGGCUAGCUACGCUAACAAACAGAACACCACCAGAGCUAAUGCUAACAGUGUCAGCAGGCUAAAAUAAGCUAACCUGGCUAGGUGGUUACUUAGCCAGCCAGCUAGCUAGCUUGCUCGCCUGCUACCGGACUUCUGCUCUGCCCGGUCCUCACGCCCGUCCUGUGGUGCCUGCCCCGGUCAUUCGUGUUCUGGUUUCCCGGAAGACGUUUUGGAGCCGGAGCUGUGGCGGGGGAGCGUGCGGACAGGAACCCCCUGGCUGUCCAGGCGGACGGAUCGCAGUGACACGCCGAAGAGAUCAGGGUGGAACCAUGGCUGAACUCUCCACCUUAUCCCCAUCACCAUCUGCGCUGGGUGAUCCGCAUGCAGCUCCCUCCAUCCCUCCAUCCUCUGCAUCCUCUCUCCCUGUUCCCAACAACUCUGCUCUGGAGUCUCUACCGAAGUCUGCCCUCUACAAUGACAACACUCUGACUGGAAACACUUCUACAGCACUGUCGGGGAGUUCACCCGAGACUCGCCACCCACCCUUGAGUCAUCUCACAACCACUGACGAGACCCCCCUCCCAUCAUUGGUACCCGAGGUUCUUCGGAAAGAGGAAUCGACAGGGAGAGAUGUAGAAACUGGAGUUCCUAACAUUGAGCAGGAGUCUCUGUCCAGUGACCAAGUUGCUGCAGAGAUCGUGACUACUGCAACAGAGACAACAGCACUAUCGGGUCAGCCCUCAGCUCAGAGUGAAGAACAACAGGCAUCCCCCUCUCCUGAUCUUAAUCCCACUCCUAACCUUUAUCCAAAUGUGCAUGUCACCCAUGCCCCAAAUCCCAUGUUGGAUGGUGGUAACUUUACAGCAGACCGACCCCAAGCUACUGCAGAUCCCAAUCCCGCACCUGCCCCUCCAGCAUCCACCAGUACAGCAUCACCAACAGUGACAGCAACAGCCGAAGAGGAGAAUCCUCAGCCACUUCAACAAACUCAAAACCCCCAAAGUCCACCUCCCCCUCUGUCCCCAAAGCCCGACGCCCCCAAGGAAGCAGAGAAAGCAGAGCUGCCUAGCACCCAGGCCGGAGGCGAACACCCCAGCCCCACUGUCCCAUUGAUCCAUGAGCCGGCCUGCGCCCUCCCGAUGUACAACCCCAAGCCCCGCCCAGCCCCUGAUACCCUCAGCUACCUGGACUCAGCUAGCCUUAUGUCAGGGACGUUGGAGUCCCUGUCUGGGCUGGGAGAGGAUGGGAGCUCUGUUGGCUCCGACUCGGAGAUCAACGGCCUGACAGUCAAGCGCACUGAUAAAUAUGGAUUCCUGGGUGGCAAUCAGUACAGUGAUUGCAGUGAAAAGGACCUCCGAGUUGAAGUUGCCAGACAGAGGGAGAUGAAAUGGAUUGAUAUGUUCAACAACUGGGAUAAGUGGACCAAACAUCGCUUCCAGAAGGUGAAGUUGCGCUGCAGGAAGGGCAUUCCAUCCUCUCUCAGAUCCAAAGCUUGGCAGCUGCUGUCUAACAGCCAGGAUCUCUUAGACGCCAACCCAGGGAAAUUUGAGGAGCUGGAGAGAGAACAGGGUGAGGCUAAAUGGUUGGACAUUAUAGAGAAGGAUCUCCACAGACAGUUCCCCUUCCAUGAAAUGUUUGCUGCUCGGGGGGGCCAUGGCCAACAGGACCUGUACCGCAUCCUAAAAGCCUACACCAUCUAUCGGCCUGAUGAGGGAUACUGCCAGGCCCAGGCUCCCGUCGCCGCAGUGCUGCUCAUGCACAUGCCUGCUGAGCAAGCGUUUUGGUGCCUCGUACAGAUAUGUGAGAAAUAUCUCCCUGGCUACUACAGCGCGGGGCUGGAAGCGAUCCAGCUGGAUGGCGAGAUCUUCUUCUCCCUGCUACGUCGCACAUGUCCGAUGGCGUACCGUCACCUAAAGAAGUUCAAGAUCGACCCGAUCCUCUACAUGACUGAGUGGUUCAUGUGCAUCUUCUCACGCACUUUACCAUGGGCCUGUGUGCUGCGUGUAUGGGACAUGUUCUUCUGUGAAGGAGUGAAAAUAGUGUUUCGGGUGGGCUUGGUGCUACUGAAACAAAUGCUUGGCUCAGUGGAUAAACUUCGAGAGCUGCAGGGCAUGUAUGAAACCAUGGAGCGCCUGAGAAACAUUUCUCCCGAAAGUGUCAGAGAGGAAAUAAUAGUGCAGGAGAUUGUUAUACUCCCAGUGACGGAGGCGCUCAUCGAGAGGGAGUGCAACAUCCAGGUGAGGAAGUGGAGGGAGUCCAGGGGGGAGCUGACACACCAGCCGGGCCGCCGGCUCCAUGGUACGAGAGCCAUCUAUGAGUUCAAACGACGCGCUGCCUCCAUCAGCUCCGGUGGCAGCUUCUCUUUCCUUGGAAGCUCGAUCCCUCCACCAGGACCACUCAGGGCCUCAUCCAGCCUCCUCUCACUGCCGGGCUUCCGCAGGUCUCGGGCUCCUUUCCUAUCCCAAAGCAAGAAGGGCUCAUUCUCAGGGCCCUCAGGAAUGGACGGCCUGCCGCCUCAGUCGCCACCUGUAGUAACAUCAAGCCCGAGUCGAGGCCCCAACCACAAACCCCCCAUUCCUCCAGGGGCAGGUCAGAGGGCAGUCCCACCCCACAUUCAGAGCCCCUUGGUCGUGAGUGCAGCUGGCCCAUCACGUGAGCCUGCUCAGCCCUCAGAAGGCUCCUUAGCACAAGGCCAACCUGCAGCUUCAGCCCCAGUACAGAGCACACCACCACCUCCACCCACUACUCUAUCCCCCUCCCCGAAGAUCGUCUCAGAGCAAAUUACUCCCACUCUCCCUUCACCUACUGCAAACAACUCCCCUCUGUCCCUAUGUCCAGAGUCAAAAAAAGAAGCGGUGGCAGUGGCUGACGCCACAACCGGAGAGGAAGAGGGAAAGAAGAAGAAGAAAAGCAAAGAAAACACCAAGAAAAAGGAAAAGGAAGAUGAGAAGAAAAAAAUGAAGGAAAAGAAGGAAAAGGAUAAGGCUGAGAAAGAGAGGCUCAGGAGGGAGAAGGAGAGGCUAGAAAAAGAGAAGAAGAAAGGAGGAAAGAAAAAGGACAAAGGGGGAGGAGAGGCUGAAGACAAAAAUGGAGCCGCAGCAGCGAAAGAUUCGGCCUAGUUUCCCACCCCGUCAUUCCAGGAUUAUGAAAAGGGACACAGAACAAAAAGAGAGGUCAGGGUAACAAAGACCCCCCAGAAACGGAAAGAGUGAUAGAUUAACAAAAAUGGGAUGGCUUCCUGUACAAAGCAUAAUUUCAGACUCAAUGUAGUCGCAGGACUAUGGGGGAGCAAACUGGAUCAUGGUUUUAAUAGCACCUCGGGGAGCUUUGGCCCCCUCACUCAAUGGUUUCUUUUUCAUCGAUUUUUAUGAAGAUGGGACAAAUUUCCUCUUUCAACUGGAGCACGGGCUGUGAGUCUGAAUCAUUGUUCAAAGGAUCAGUCAUUUUCUCUCUUAGUUUUUUAAAAAUUAUUUUCAUUUCAUUUUUUCUUUUAAUCCGAUUGAUGGCAGUGGUUUGAGAAACAUCGACUCGAGGGUUUGUUUAAUGUUUGCAGAAAUCGUUAUUGGUGCCAUAGAGUAUGUAAAUAACAAGUCUACCUACAGUAAAUAGGAUGUUGUUAGCACUCCGUACACCCGUCUGUUCUCAUCUGUGGACAGGUUAUCUGCUGACUGGGAAAAAGAAGAAGAAGAAAUCCCUUGGAAGUUGUCUCAAAUGCAGGCACUGAAAACAGAAAUGCUAGUUAUGUUGUUGAGGAUGUAUUUAUUGUCAUGUUAAAUGUUGUGAGUGAGUGUGUGCCUUAGUAGUAUAGUGAAAAGUGUUACUGUUCUUUGUGUGGCCUCCCUUUUUUCAGUCUCCCUCCGCCUGCUUUUUUUUUUGUCAUCAUUGAAUCCUCUGUGUGGUUCUUCCCUCCAGUCUGGAUUCAAUCUGACAGAGAGAAAAAGAGGGAGAAAGUUUAAAAGUACAACCAGACACCAGGUAGUGGUGGCCAUUUUUAAUAUUACAUUUUUAGUUUGCUUUUGUCAAUGACAAAACACACAGGGAGAUUCAUCGAUUUUAUUGCCACCCCCCGUUUAACAUUUCUCCUUUCUGAGUUUCUGAAUCACGGCGAAAAAGCAGGUUCAACUCUAUCAAAAGGAAAAAACUUCAAACACUCAGCCAUGUCUUUGAAAUUAGUAUUAUUUUGCUUUCAACAAACAGAAUCGUUUAUGCAUUUAUUUUAGCCAAAUUUCAGAAUGGGGAUAAGAACUCAAGUUCAUCAACUCAUCAUUAGAAUGUGAUUUUGAGUGUUUUAAGAGAAUGAAGGAUGAUUUUUGCACUUGUGAUUUUGUCACAAAGCACCACUUAAGUUGUCCACUCCGUUACCGUAGUGAGGUAGAAGAGUCUCCACGGGCCAGUUUCACAGUUUGAAAUCUGUGCCUGGAGGACCUACUAUAGGAAGCCACUUGACUGGAACUGCCAGGUGUGCCAAUGUAGCAUUAACCUCUGACCUUUGACCUUCGGGCUCUGAUGUAUUUAUGUAUAAAGUGGUUAAUUUAAUCAAAUAUAGUAUAUUAUGAAUUAUUAUUAUUAUUAUUUUGGAUCUGAGUAUUUUUCUAUGCUUGUAGAGACACCUGGAUGACUGGAACGAUGGCAGACUACACCGUGUAGUUGCAGGAGGAUCAUUUAAAGUGUUUGUUUUUCAACUCCCCUUUACUUUAUUUGCACGUUGAGUCCUCUGCUUUCUACACAACCUUUUUCGAUGCAUGUCUUUUUGCUAUUGUUUACUGUUGGUUCAGUCAACUUAGCUUCACGAGUCUCCGGUUUACUGAAGUGCAGUAUUAAAACAAACGUGGGGGGCAAAAAACAGGGCCUCCGGUCGAACAAAUGAUGAACCGAGUGACACAGACAGAUCACUUGGGAGUCGAAGGUCUUAAUGUAAAAUAUACUCCGAGGUGAAUUUUGAGCUUUGAAUCGUUCUUUAAUUGGAGAUCUUAAGUCUGUCUGUCUCACCGCGUUGUGUUGUACCAUUCAUAAUGAUGUAUGGACUAAAUCCCUAACCUAUUUACACUCAGUGUCCUGUACUGUAACAUAUUUAUGCAUUCAUGAAACGGCACUGAACCCCAUCAGUAUAUGAAGAACAGUGCCAGCUAGUUAUUGUAAAAUCAUUUGAAGGCAAAAAAACAACACAUUGAUGCUCUUUAACUGUGCUGUUUUCGUAGUUAAGGAUUAGAGGGACGUUUGUGUACUUGUCGCCAACAUGUCCUCCACUGUUUUUCACUUCAGGUCAUCACGCGGCUUUCAUGUGAAGAUAUUAAUAUCCCAGACACCCUCCUCUUUUCUUUUCCUUUUUCUUUUUGACGCCAGUGCAUUUAGAGGCACAGAUUAGCGUAGUGUUAGUGAGGAUAACCUGAACACAUCUAUGCAAACCUUACUCCAUCAUGUCUGUUGAUAGCGUGUAGCGACAGCAGCACUGAUUUUCCCGUCUGUUUCAGAUACUCUGAUGUACGCCAUGGAAAAAUGGAUUUUGUUCCUCAGUAGGUGUUUUUAUUAGCACACGUUCAGGCCCGUGGACUUCAAUAUUUCUAGAGCAAUACAUCCUCGCAGCUCGUCUUUUAACGAUCGCAUCAUUUCUCUGUGUUCAGAGGGCUCGAGGCGUCGCACUGAUCAAAUUAAUCUCUCGCGAUCUUGUGAUUUCCUUCUCGUGGAAUCAGCACUUGGCUCUGCAUUAUUGAGGACAAAUCAAUCAAAUCCAUUUCCAUCAGGUGUCCUUGACCCUGAAAUCAUCAUCCUCGAUUACAUUUGAUUAGGAAUGAACCUACUGAUGCAAAUAUUGAAAGAAGCAUUUCAGCCGUUUUGUUUUUCUCCCCAUGUCGUUGUGUUUUUAAGUUUACAUGUCACUCUCUGGCGAAAGUGAAAUAAAAUCAUAGCUAAUUGAAUUCAUUCCUUCAGAUCUACAACUGAUGUAUUUAAUUGAUGAUGAUAAUGACAUUUGUGAUGAGUA